ACCUUCCCUCCAACUCGGUAUCUUACACAGAAGACCUUUUACUCGCCAGAUCUCUGGGUAGCUGUAGAGCCAUCUAGUCUUCAACGCAAGCCAGCAACCUCGACCUCACACCGAGCGACCCACCGGCUGAACGAGAGAGGAGAAAAAUAAGCACAGAAAAAGAAACCCACCACCGCUGCAACGGAUUCCACUUUCCGGCUGCGACGUCAUCUCCCUUCCUCCCCCAGCUUCACCCAACCUAGUACCUUGCAAUCUCCCCCCGCAUUCGGCCGGCCAAUCGAGCUGAGGCAGAUCGCCAUUAUGGCUUCGUUCAUGGAGGACCUCUGGUCCAGCAUUUUCACUCCGGGACCCACCCCCACGCUCCUGGUCGCGACCAACGUCACCUUUGCAGCUCUGCAGGCUUUGCUCUUGUCUCUCCUCCUGGCUACCUACAGCAUUCACUUCCUGGUUCUAUCCUUUCUAUCUGGCGCUCUCUGGUGGUCUAUCAACUGGUUUGCGCGAGAAGUAAGGCAGUUCCAGGCCGAGGAAGCGGAGAAACAGAAGCAAGCGGGUCAGGAACAGGACGAGAGCUCCGAGGACAAGCCGGACAGCAGCGUCCGCAAGACUCCUGGUGCUCUUGACGCCACCGAUAGUGAUACGGAGACUGAACAAAUCGCCGUGCGCAAGGAGACAGCACCAGUGCCCACAUCCGCUCCGCGGUCCACCACUGCCUCGGCCACCCUCCAGCUCCCCGAGGCGCAAGGCGAAAUCCGGAAGCGUCUCAGCGUCAGCGGCGAGAGCUCGGGCUACCAGAGCACCGAUAGCGAAUGGGAGAAGGUGGACGAUAACCAGACGGCCUAGAUACGCAACAGGUUUGCGGUCGCGCAGAUGCAGCUACUUUUGGGGGCCCAGACCCGGCUCGAAGUGCCUUUUGGUUACACCUACCUACACAACCCCUCAGAACAGACUCCGAUACAUCUGUCUCGUGGGCGGGGAUGCAUA